AUGGAGCAGUACUUCUCGGCCACCCAGAAGAUGGAGCAGGAGGUGAUGUUCCCCAGCCUGCUCCGAGGGGUCUUCCCGCAGCAGGAGACGGACCUCUAUGAGCGCUACCAGCUCCUUAAGGCCAUCAAGCCUGUGGUGGAGAAAGGCCUGGCCUCUGUCACCGACCAGAGCCGGGCCAGCGCCGAUACCGACACGUCCUCGGACGACAAUGACACCAUGGACGCCCAGCUGGAGGAGCGCCUGUCCCACCACCUGGCCGGCUUGCAGCAGGUCCUCACCCACCUCACCAGGGACACCAACGCCCUCACCCGGAGGUACAGCCAGAUCCUGGAGCAGAUCAGCCCCAGUGAGGGACAGCCCAGCUGGUGA